CUCCAGCCUGAGGGGCGCUAGGCUCUCAUGGAUGCUUUUGGGCAGUCCUCAUUCUGCCUCUGCUGUCUAUACCUGACCGUUACCCCAGACCUGUCCAUAACCCUGCCCACCUGGGUAAUCCAGAUCAUCAAGGUGAGAGGCCUGGCCACACAGUGGAUGCAGAUGAGCUGUCCCUGCUUUCUCCCAGGACCCUGGUCCCAUGUGCCUGGUUUCACGGUGUUACCGUUCUAUGGAUUUCUAACUCCUGGGCCCUGCCCACCGACAACAGGGGCUCUCCACCCUCACCCUCACAGGGUUUCCUGGAAGUCCUACUGCGUCUGCACCUGUGGGGGGUCGGACCACCCACUUCCGGAGCCAUAAAAGGCUGUCUUGUACCCUGGGCACAGACAUAACCAAAUCUCAGUGAGAGCCGUAGUGUCGGAACCAGGUUUGAAUCCUGUCCCCCUGGCUUGGGUGGCCAUGUCCACUCUAUACCUUUGGCCUACCUUGUCCCUUCCCGGGAAGAGACAGAGCCUCCUUGCCCACGGGGCCCGACCACCGUCUCCCGUCACGAUGGCCGCUCACGUCCUGCUCCUGCUCCUCGCUGCUUCCGCCCUGGGCAACCGGGAUUCGAUGGACAGGCGGCCCCAGGCCCAGCUCUCUCAGCGCCGCGGCCGCAGCUGCUGGCUGGGCACCUGCCAGACGCACCUCCUGCCGCACCGCCUGGCCUGGGUGCGCGCGCUGCCCGCCAAGGAGCCCUCGGGGAAGGCCGCCCGAGAGCCGCAGGACCCGCGCAGCUACGGGCGCCGCCGGCGCGACGCCCCGGGCUCUGCUCGCCUGGGCCUCGGGGUGCCCGGUCGCCGGCCGCGCCCCGCCCCUUCCUUCACCCCGUGA